ACAGCCGUCUGCGUGAGGGGAGGAGCUGCUGCCGUGCAGAGUGCAGCGGGCGGUAGUCUGGCUGAGACAGAUGGAGCGGGACUUGCUCCGCCAGGCUCUCGGCUUCCACGGGCCGCCGCUGCUCUCCCUGCUCCACACGGAACAGCAGGACAAUCCCGACUUCCGCGGCCUGCUCCCCCCCGGUGGGGGCGGCCUGGAGUCGCUGUCGUCAGCCCGAAAAGAAAGAGGGAUUGAAAAUAUUGAAAUACAACAGUUCAUUUCAAAAAAAGCUGAUCUUCUUUUUUCUCAUUCUUGGAAAACAAAUGUGCCAAUAGUAAAAGAUGGAAAUGAAGAUAAUGAAGAUUAUUAUGCUAUUAUGCCGCCAUUGGAACAGUUUAUGGAAAUUCCUAGCCCAGAGAGGAGAGAGCUCUUUUUCCGGGAUAUCGAACGUGGAGACAUAGUGAUCGGGAGGAUUAGUUCUAUUCGUGAAUUUGGCUUUUUCAUGGUGCUGUUCUGCCUGCAAAGUGGUGUUGUACGAGAGAUAGCAGAUUUAGAAAUCACGGCUCUUUGUCCUUUAAGAGAUGUGCCUUCCCAGAGCAGCCAUGGGGAUCCUUUAUCGUACUACCAAAAUGGUGACCUUAUCCAAGUUGCAAUCAAAGACAUUGAUCGCUACCAUGAAAAGCUCAGUGUAUCACUGCACAAGUCUGCUCUGUCUCCCAGCCUAGCAAAUACCAAAUUAGGAGUAAUCAGCCCAGAAGAUUUGCCUCUGCAUUAUAGACGGAGUAUUGAAGUAGCCAGUAGUUUGGAAACAUAUGAAAAAGUUUUGCACAGUUCUUUGGGCUUUGCCAAUCCAGCUGUAGUGGAGUUUCUGGGAAGCAAAUUAGGACUAAAUGAAUCCAGCCCCCCCUCCUUAAUGAGAGGACUACAAAGCAAAAAUUUCAAUGAAGAGGAUUUUGCUGUUGCAUUGAGAAAAAGACAGUCUGCUUCAUGGGCCUUAAAGUGUGUAAAAAUUGGUGUCGAUUAUUUUAAAGAGGGACGCCAUGUUGAUGCUAUGAAUGAAUACAACAAGGCAUUGGAAAUAGAUGCCCAAAACGUUGAAGCCUUAGUAGCCCGUGGAGCACUUUAUGCAACAAAGGGAAGCUUAAAUAAAGCGAUUGAUGAUUUUGAAAUUGCUUUAGAGCAGUGCCCUACGCACAGAAAUGCUAGAAAAUAUCUUUGUCAAACACUUGUUGAACGAGGAGGCCAGUUGGAGGAGGAAGAUAAAUUGUUGAAUGCUGAGAAUUACUACAAGAAGGCUUUGAACAUAGAUGAGACCUUUCAAGAAGCUGAGGAUGCCUUGUUGAAGCUUCGUAGGCAGAUACAGAAAUCUCUGGAAAUCAGAGAGAAACAAGCUGCAAAAGAAGAGAGACAGAAAGAAAAGAAAAUAGAAACAAGUGCAGAAAAACUGCGUAAACUCUUAAAAGAAGAAAAAAGGUUGAAGAAGAAAAGAAAAAAGUCAACUUCCUCUUCCUCCUGCGAUACUUCAUCAGAUGAGUCUGCCUCUUCUUCCUCUUCCUCCUCCUCCUCCAACAAAAAGCGCAAGAAAAGGAGUCGGAACCGGUCUGAAUCCUCACACAGCUCUAAAAAACACACCUCUAGGAUGUUUUCAUAUCCAAGUAGGAAAGAGGACAGCUAUUCUCCUCCUGCCAAUACCUCUGCUUCUUUCCUUAAUCAAAAGCAUGAAAUGGAAAAACUGCUAGAGAGGCAAGACAGGCUAGCCUAUCAGAAACCAGAGGUAAGAGACAGAGAAGGGGAUUAUGUGCUUUUGAAGACACAUGCCGAAGAUGAGCUCUAUGGAGGUAAGUUUGAAGAUUCCAGGGAUUCUCACCAUAACGCCAAGACUCAGGCAAAUAGUAGCAAAACUGAAAAACAGAGUAGGUCAGACAGAGCUUCCUCUGAUAGGAGGGAUAGUACAGGUUCCUACCACAGACAGUCUGAUGACAGAAACAAGGCAAGUGAUUCAGGAAGGCUGGAAAAAGAACUUGGGAGGAGGGAGGGUUAUCCUAAGUACAGCCCAAGCCAAGCCAAGCCCUCCACAUCUCCCACAGGGUCCGAUUACUCAUCCAAAUCCGCUGAACAUUACAAACAAUAUACGAGCCGAUGGAUGAAUGAACCUAGUAGGUAUAAUGUUGAUGGUAAAGCUGAGGUGGCAUGGAUUAAACAUGAGAAAAAAUCCAAAAACAGGGAAAGAGAAGCUUCAGAAGCCAAGGAAGCAGAUGAGGAAGCUAUGCUGAAUGGUAAAGGACAGUUUGGGAGUGGUGCUAAAAAACAGCUGCCUCAGAACUUACUCAAUAUAUUUAAUCAGAUUGCUGAAUUUGAAAGGGAAAAAGGAAGCAAGCAGAAAAAUCAGUGAGUUAAAAAAUUAAGUUGGGUGCAGUAAAAUAAUCUUUUUAUCACUUUUAUCACUUGACAAGUCUAUACUCCUAAGUUUUUAUUUAAGUAUGCUUGUUAGGUAUUGAUUUAAGCAAUGAUAAAUAUGCAAGAGUUGUAUCAUUUUUUAAUUGAGUUUCUUAUGCUGUUAGGUUAUUAAGGUAUGGUGGUAUGCCUGGCUGUACAACCCUUACCUAUUAAGACUGCCACCUGGGCUAUCUGGCAUCAAAAUUGCACUUUAAAAGAUUUUUUUCCGAGGUACGGAAUGACUGUUACUUUGUAUUGUUAAUACUAUAACCAUGUAUUGUUAAAAUAAAUGAAUUGAAAAUAUUUUUAAUGUAUAUCAUCAAUGUAAA